GUUUUGUUUUGGUUUGGCACAUUGGGUGCCUUGUGCAACAAAAAUGAACGAGAAUCUCGCAGAUUGUUUAACUUGCCAGAGGAAAACUGAUAAUUUUCUUCGGAUUUUAGACGCAACUAACGUCGAGGAUAUCGGUGCAAUACUGUCGACUCAUUUCUGGUUCCAGGCGAACCAGUAUGAUAAUCGAAUCCUAUGUACAAGCUGCUGGGAGAAGAUUGAAGACUUUCAUAAGUUUUACUGCGAUGUGGAACAGCUAUGGGGUCGUGAUGGAAAGGAAAUUAAAACAGAACAGUUAUUCAAUGAAGAUGAACAACAGCAAAAACUGUUUGCUUGUGAGCUAAUUAAGGAAAUAGAAACCAGAAAAGAGGAUAGGUUUGAUAUAAGCAGCGAUGUUGAUUUCGACGAUAAGUUAAGUGACUAUAUAUCGGAUACUAAUAAACCAGAAGAUUGUACAACCGAGAAUAUAAUAGAUAGUGAGAUCAGAGAAGAAUCCAAUAUCGAUGAUAAUUCCGAAGAAGAUUCUACCCUUCCCAUAGCAAGGAGAUGUAGGUCUUUCAAACGGAAUGUGGCCACUUUUUCAUCUAGUGAACCAAUACGGAAGCAGCGUAAAAUCAACUCCCAGCGCAAGACGAAUAUCGAACGAAAUGAAUUUAUUUUGAAAAACGUGGACCUUCGAUGUAAUCGUUGUGAGCACCGAUCGACGACGCUUUCGCGACUAUUUCUGCAUUACAGGCGAAAUCAUGAUAUGCAAGGAUAUGUCAUAUGCUGUGAUCGCAAAUUUCAGAAGAAGUCAACGUUGUUUGACCAUUUAUGCAGGCACGAAUCUAACGACAAUGAAAAAGAUGAAUCUCCUCCAUUCCAGUGUGAACGUUGUGAACCCGUGCGACUAUUCAAAGAUGAAGAGGGUCUACAGUUGCACAAAGUGGUUUGUCACUCGGAAGAGUCGGAGAGAAAGUUCAAGUGCAAUCAGUGUGAGAAAGCCUUCGCUAGCGACUGGCAGCUCUCUGGCCACAAAAAUUGGCACCAGAAUGUCGAGAGCCUAAAUAUUUACUGUGAUAAAUGUAACAAAUAUUUCAAUUCAGUUCGUACCCUAAAUACGCACGUUCGAGCGCACCAUGCAGAAUCUGCAAAUGCUUUACCAUCGCAUAUUUCUUCUAUGUCUGCGAAUGGUAUGGCAAUGAUUUCAUCAGACUCUAAUGUUCCUAAUCCGAUUGUUGCUAGCGUAGAUCGAUCGCUUUCGACGAAUACACAUAUUUCCGAAAAUUGCAUGCAUCUUCAAACAACUUCAACUUCAUCGAAAAAAGUUUUAAAAACUACGGAAGAAUUGGCCCAACAAGAUGAACUGAUUCGGAAAUUCUGCACCCUCAUAUGCGAAAAGUGUGAAUUCGUUGGGGAAAACUACUAUCAAUUGGAGAAACAUUACAAAAGCGAACAUAAAAUGCGCGGCUAUGCCAUCUGUUGCGGAAGAAAAUUUUGCAAGAAACGAAGACUGUUCGAACACUGUCAACGUCACGUCAAUCCGGAUAUGUUCCGUUGUGAGUUAUGCAGCAAAUCAUUUACCGAGAGCGAUGGUCUGGAGAAACACAACAAAUGGGUCCACACGCCGGACUCGCAGAAACCCUUCAAGUGUGAGAUCUGCGACGCCGCAUUCUACAAGGACUACUUACUGCGGAACCACAUGAAGUACCACAUAUCUAUGGAGCAGAAAAUUUUCAACUGCAAAGAUUGUGAUAAAUCCUUUGGAACGGCCGUACUUUUGCGAGCUCAUCAGCAGAACAUCCACGGUGCCGCAUCCAGCUGGGUGUGCGAUAUCUGCGCCAAAGGUUUUGUCCACAAGUCGCUUCUGGAGACACAUCGGCUCUCGCACACGGAAGAAGGAGCCGCGAGUUUGAAGAAGCAAUGUGAACACUGCAAAAAAUGGCUCAAGAAUAAAGACACUUACGUGAAUCAUCUGAAGCGUUGCUUGGCCGGAGGUCCUGUGACGUGCGACGUUUGUGGAAAGGAAGCCGUGAACGAGUUGGCUUUAGCCAGCCACAAAAGGUUCAACCAUGAGGAACGGCCAGCGUUCGCGUGCAGUUACUGUGGCAAGCAGUUCAAACGCGUUUUGCGAUUGAAGGAACACGAGGCCAACCAUAGGGGCGAGGUUCUGUACUCCUGCCCGUACUGUCCUCGUACAUGUAAUUCCAGUUCAAAUAUGUAUACCCACAAAAAAGUGGCCCACCCCGAGUUGUGGGCGGCGAAGGUGGCAGAUCGAUUCUAUAAACGAUAGAAUGGGUUUUUAUGAUAUUAAAAUGUGACAGCUGGGAGUGUAUCCGAUU